GUGAUAUAAAGAUGUGAAUCUGUUAGGACAAAGCGGACAGGCCGAGCCCCUGCAGAUAUGAGCGACGUGGCGGAGGAAGCGAUGGACAGCUCUGCGGUGUCAGAGGAGGAAGUGGAGGACCAGCAGGACGCGUCACAGAACGACCAGUCGAGUCCCAACAAAAGCAGCACCAAAAUAUCUGCUGUGGGUGAAAUUAUAGAGGGCAAGAGAACAAAGAAGAGCGUGGAGAGGCUCGACUUUCAGGCACCGAAGCAAAAGGAGAAGCUCAAGAUUGGAGAUGGUAGCGGAGAUCGAUUAGGAGACAUUCCUCGGACCGGCUACCAGAUCACCAAGAUGAAGCCAGCUGACCUGAAGCCUCUGCACGCCAUCCUGUUCGACAGACCCGGAAAGAUGGCCACCUUAAAGAAGAACCUGCGUCUGUUUAACGGCUUCCCUUUUGAUGCCGACAGCGAACAGUACUCCAAAAAACGAGAAAAACUCCUAAAGAACUCGAAUUUCACCAACACCAAACUGAAAGUCGUCUGCGGCGUUUUGGAUCUGGAGAAGAAAGGAACACACUCGGACCUGGUGGACAGGAUCCUGACCUUCCUCAUCUCACCCAAAAACAGCGGGAAGCGUCUGCCCGUCAAGAAAAAGAGGAAGUCAAAGAAGAAGCUGUCAGGCGACGACUCGAAGGCCAGCGCCAAGAAGAAGAGCAAACCCAAACCCCGGAGCUCAUCGUCCAGUCCCAAAAAGUCCAAAACGGGAAGCAAGUCCAAAGCCAUCGUCAUGGACUCCAGCAGCGACGAGGACGAUGAUGAGGAGGACGAGAAGGCGGGCGCUUCAGCUGAGGCCGAGGGCUCGGACACAGAGGACAAACCCUCUGAGAAAGAGGAGGACCGGUCUGACCAGUCAGACCAGUCUGCAGACCAGGACCAAGAGGAGGAGGACGAUGAUGAAGAUGAUGAGUCUCCCAAAUCAAAGUCGGGCAGAGGGAAGUCGGCCUCCAAAAAAUCCGCCCCAGUGAAAAGACAGAGGACGCCGGCGAAGAAGGCGGCUCCUCCGAAAAAGAGAGCGAGGAAGGACGUUUCCGACGACUCUGACUCCGACGCCGACAGUGAAGCUGAUGAGAAGCCCAAAAAAAAGAAAUCUGCUCCGGCCAAAUUUGCCGCCAAAACCAAGAAGGCAGACAGCAGCAGCAACAGCAAGAACAACACCAACACAGGUGAGCUGUUCAGAC